UGAGUACGUGUGUGUAUGUGUGACCAGGCCGUCGCCCGCUCCCAUACGCCGAGGCAGAGAAAACAGUGGGAAUUGGAGAGCUCAGUAGCAUCUGCCAACAGCAUUCACUUCGUGGACAAUUCAUUACUCAAACGAAGUAGUUGUGUGCAUUUGAAUGGGCGUACAAAGUGACAGAAGCCGUGCUGUCGUCUCAUGCUAGCUACGUAACGUUAGUUUAGACUGACAAUGAAACAAAAGCGUGCAAUGUGUCAAGGGGAACGUUCCAAUUAAAGCGUCACAGAAAAUACAAGGACACCAGAGCUGUAAUUUAAGAGGAAAGGUGGAUUUGGGGGAAAGAAGAAUAACCUUUUAUGGUAAUGUGAUUCCACCAGAGGCUUCAUUUGGCAAAGCCUGGUUCCUCCUGAGAAGCUGACGCCAGCCAGUGUCUCUCUCCCCGUCUCUGUGUCUGGAUGAUGUCGCGGCACAACCAGCGCUUCGAGAGGGACUUCCGCGGGGCAUGGGAACGGCGCGAGCGCUGCGCCUCGCUGGCCGCUGCCGUCGGCAACAACAGCAACAACAACGGCGGCGGCUGUAUGACCAACGGCUGCGCGGGAGGCGGAGUCUCGGUGCCCAGUGGCGGCAACAACCGCCCGGGACUCCUUCCCCUGCCCGUCAUCCCGUCUCUGCUGCCCACGCCAGUCACCGUGGCGACCACCACCUCUAGCAGCGAGCUGGCCUGCAAGCGCCUCGUACCGCCCCCCACCACCACAGGCUCCAAGGUGCCAAUGCUGCCUGCGGGGGACGGCCAGGCUCAGGGGCAGGUCCUGGCCACAGGGGUGCGGUGGGGGCAGACGCCCGUCAACCAGUCCACGCCGUGGGAGACAGACGAGCCCCCAGCCAAACAGAUGCGGGAUAAGGACCUCACAGGGUCCCUAUGGCCUCCAGUGGUCACUCAGUCCAGCCUCCUGGCCCACUCCUAUGGGAUGCCCCAGGCGCCAGCCUACAGCCAGUGUGUGACGGUGCAGGCGCCCAUCAUCGGCGUGACCCCCACGCUGCCCAACCCGGUGCCCCCACCUCACCCGCUCAUGAGCGCCCACUACCAGCUGCCCCAGCAGCCGGCCCAGCCCCUGGCCACCAUGGUGCUCAACAUGCACAACCAGCCACUGGGCGUGGCCGGCCUGCCGCCCAUCACCAUGUCCCCCAUGACGGGCGUCUGCCAGGUGGCCCACCCCGUCCACACCGUGGUGGGCAACGGCCACAUGCACAACCCCAUGGUGCCGCCGACGUCCUGCUUGCCCACUGCUGCCGCCACCACCGCCCCUCCGCUGACCAAUGGCCAGGCAGCGCAUCUGCAGCCCCCCGGCCCGGCCAUGCCACCCGUUGUCGCCGCCGCCGCGGCCGAGGGGACUAACGGCCUGCAGAUGCUCAGAACUGUAGGGAUGGGGAAGUAUGAGUUCACCGACCCCUGGCAUCCCAAAGAGAUGUUGAAGGAACUGAACCAGCAGCGGCGAGCGAAAGAGUUUACAGACCUGAAAAUAAUUGUUGAAGGCAAAGAGUUUGAAGUCCACCAAAAUGUUCUAGCUUCCUGCAGCUUAUAUUUCAAGGACAUGGUUAAAAGGUUGUCGGGGGAGAGUCGGAGCGGCGAGAAGCUGCGGCUCAUCAUGAGCAACAUCAGCGCCGACGUGCUGGAGCUGCUGCUGGAGUUCGUGUACACGGGCUCGCUCAUCAUCCACUCGGCCAACGCCAAGACCCUCCUGGAGGCCGCCAACAAGUUCCAGUUCAACACCUUCUGCAAAGUCUGCGUCUCCUUCCUAGAGAAGCAGCUGACGGCCAGUAACUGCCUUGGCGUGCUAGCCAUGGCUGAGGCCAUGCAGUGCACUGAGCUCCACAACAUGGCCAAGGCCUUCGCCCUUCAGAACUUCCCCGAGGUGGCCAGCCAGGAUGAGAUCCUCAGCGUCUCCAAAGAUGACCUGGUCAGCUACAUGUCCAACGACAGCCUCAACACAAAGGCCGAGGAGCUGGUCUACGAGACAGUCAUCAAGUGGAUCAAGAAGGACCCCAGCAGCCGAGUCCAGCACUUGUCGGAGCUGCUGGCCGUGGUCCGCCUGCCCUUCAUCCACCCCAGCUACCUGCUGAACGUGGUGGACAACGAGGAGCUCAUCAAGUCCUCGGAGGCCUGCCGCGACCUGGUCAACGAGGCCAAGCGCUACCACAUGUUGCCGCACGCCCGCCAGGAGAUGCAGACGCCGCGCACCAGGCCCCGGCUGUCCGCAGGUGUUGCAGAGGUGAUUGUGCUGGUAGGGGGUCGGCAGGUCAUUGGCAUGAACCAUCGGUCCCUGACAGCCGUCACUUGCUUCAACCCGCAAAACAACAAGUGGUACCCCCUGGCCAGUCUGCCUUUCUACGACCGCGAGUUCUUCUCCGUCAUUUCAGCAGGGGAUAAUAUCUACCUGUCAGGUGGAAUGGAGUCGGGCGUCCCUCUGUCAGACGUGUGGUGCUACAUGUCCCUGCUCGAUAAUUGGAACCUAGUGUCCAGGAUGACGGUCCCGCGGUGUCGGCACAACAGCGUGGUCUACGACGGCAAGCUCUACACCAUCGGUGGCCUGGGCGGCACGGGGAACCUGGAUAACGUUGAGAGGUACGACACCAUCACAAAUCAGUGGGAGACGGUGUCACCCCUCCCCAAGCCAGUGCACUCAGCGGCGGCCACCGUCUGUGGGGGCAAGAUUUACGUGUUCGGGGGUGUGAACGAGGCCGGCCGCUCGGCGGGGGUACUGCAGUCCUACAUGCCCCAGACCAACACCUGGAGCUUCAUCGAGUCGCCCAUGAUCGAUAACAAAUACGCUCCGGCCGUCACUCUCAAUGGAUUCAUCUUCAUCCUGGGUGGGGCCUACGCCCGGGCCACCACCAUCUACGACCCCGAGAAGGGCAACAUAAAAGCCGGACCCAACAUGAACCACUCCAGGCAGUUCUGCAGCGCCGCUAUCCUAGACGGGAAGAUCUUUGCCACGGGCGGGAUCGUGAGCAGCGAGGGCCCAGCGCUGAGCAACAUGGAGGCCUUUGACCCGUGCGCCAACGCCUGGAAGCUGCAGCAGAGCCUGCCGUGCCCGCUCUUCAGACACGGCUGCGUGGUCAUCAAAAAGUACAUCCAGAGCGGCUGACGCGGGCGAACAUGAGCCCGCUCCCACGCGCCACGCCAUCCCCGGCACUCACUCCAGCACAGCCGCCCCCAGGAUUAGCAGUGGUGACAUUGAUGCCUGGCGUGAACACCCACCACCCUCCACCUCCCCCCGCACCCCACAAACACACACACACACACACACACACACCACUCACACACACUGACAGACUCUCUCUCUCUCUCAAACACACAUGCGGACAUACACACAUGCACACACACACCUCUCCCCUUGUACUUUCUGUCUAAUGCUCCCCCUUCCAGGCCUGCGCGCCACCGCUCCCCCCUCCCCCCCUUCUGCAGACUCUCCUCCUCUCCACAGAAUGUAGAAGUUAAUCUUCACCGUUCAGGGCCAGCAGGGCCAGCGCCGCCGCAAUGUGACAUCGCGUAACCGAUCCCACCUUGUGGCGCUUGAACUAGAUGUUUGUAGUGGCACUAGCCUUAACACUAUCGUUGUCGGGUUGAUUCAAGUAUGCGAGUGUGUGUGUGUGUGUGUGUGUGUGUGUGUGUGUGUGUGUGUGUGUGUGAGAGAGCGCUUGUGUGUGUGUGUGUGUGUGUGUGUGUGUGUGUGUGUGUGUGUGAGAGCGUUUGUGUGUGUGUGUGUGUGUGUGUGUGUGCAUGUGUUUGUGUGUUUUUCCACUGGUCAAGUUACAGCUGGGGGGAUUUUUUUUCUUCCCGCUCUUGCUUAUGUUUUCAUAAGAACAUUUGCACUGAUUUUUCCCUGGUCUGUUUUUGCUGUUGUUGUUGUCAUUGCUUUGUUUUUGUUUAGCAUGUAGACUUGUGAACUGGCUCAGUCUUAGCUCAUCACGCUUUGCUCCUUCACUCUUUAUUUAUUUUUGGUUUGUUUCAUCGCAGAGAUUGUCACAGUAUUUAUGCCGUGAGUAGGACCCGCCAUGCUUGCUCUCUCUCUCUCUCUUCUCAUUUCACGUUUCACCAAGGGAGCUACCUUAUCGAUGUUAGCAAUUACCGUCCAUAGAUUUGUCCACACGCCACUUCUAGGGCAUUCGUUAACCUUCACUUCACCAAUAGGCUCUGUACAAAAAUCAGUGAGGAAAAGUGCACAUAUCUUGAAUGUGAAAGUCAUUCCUUUUUUCGAAAACCCUCGAGUGAUUUACAGUGCUCGUCACAAAGUCAAUACUGCUGCUGCUGUUGAAGAUGGAGCUAAGGCCAGGUUCACGCCAUGUCACGUCACGUCACGUGCCCCGGGGUGACUCUGCCCCUACUCCUGUGACUGUAUGUGCCCGAGGCAUGGAGCAAAAGGGGCGCCUGGAAGCCAACUCAUCCAUACCCGAGGAGCGAGACAGAAGACGGCUGCGAAAUGGACUUUCUGGCGCGAAAAAUAGCCUCUCGACUCGCACUCAUCCAAAGCACAAGACCCGUACCGGCUCCAAGCAGAAGUGUUCCAGUAUGCCUUUUUUUUUUUUUCUUUGUUGCGUUUGUUGCAUCUGUGUUGCUCCUCUUUAAACCCAGAGACCCUGGGGGAUGGGCAACGACGCCGCAGCCUCUGGAGAAGGGACAUUGUUCGACUGAGGCUGCUGGGAUAAUGAGGAAUGGAGUCUCUGUAAAUUAUUGGAAGAAGAAAAUGUUUAUUUUAGGAACUCAAAGUGAUGAUUGUUUUUAGAAAAACAAAUAGUUGCAAAAAUAUCCUGUACCAAAAAAAAAAAAAACAGAGAAAGCUGAUCAUCAGUAGCUGUUAUUGUUUGAUUAAUGAUGGAUUGUCAUUAAUGAAAACAGUGAUGACUGUGCAGAAAUUACAAUUACAGAAUUCAUGGCC